UUCCUCCCCGGCAGCGCCGGAGCCCCACAGCCGCCGGAGCAGCAGCAGCAGCUGAUGAUGAGGAGCGCGGGGGGGGGGCGGGGGGGCCCGUUAUUUAUACCGUUAAAGGGACAGGCCGCUAAUUCCGCUCGGCAUCGGCGCGGGGGGCGGGGGGCCGCUGCCAGGCGCCCCGAGUUGCUCCCCCCUUCUUCCCCCCCCCCACCCACCCCCCCCCCUCCCCACACCACCACCCCGCACAGCCCCGCCGGAGCAGCCCGGGGAGUUUCUUCUCCCUUCUCCCUUCCCCCCCCCCCUCCCCUUCCCCUCCCCUUCCCCUCCCCGCUCCUACGGCCGCCGUCGGCGGAGGGAGAGCGAACCCGAGAGGCGGCCCCGGCGGGAGGCACCUCGGCGGGGGAGCGGCAGGCAGUUGGGCAGCCCCCACCCCCCGCGCUCCCCUCCUCCCCCUUUAUUACCCUUUGUGUGCGUCUCCGCCUGCGCCGCUCCGGGGCCGGCCGGGCGCCGGGGGGCCGCUGAGAUCCUUGUUGACGAUGAUGGUCAUUGGAGGCAUAAAUAUUGACGAAUAUAUCAUUUACAGACAAGAUCUUUGAAAUCUGUUUCCUUCAGACAGCAAAGGAAAAAGAGGCUUUAUCACAACAAAACGAGUGAAGAAACAUAAAGACUUGAAGAAAGCAGCACUUCUCUAAUUCUUUCCAAAAGUUCAGAGACCCACCAGAACCUGGUGGUUUGCCUCCGCCAGUCUUCCUGAUUUGAGAUGUAACCUGGGGUGCAAGAGUUCCUCAGAUGAGGGGUGUAGUAAGACAAGGAGCCAGCCUCAAUGGACAUAGCCCAUUCUCGAGAUCUAAACAGGAGACUUAUCUAAAGCAAAGCUGAAAGUGCACCAAGAAUUGUAAAAAGCCUAAAGAUCCCCAAGAUAACGAGAAGCAAGACCAUGAGGAGUAAUGUAGGUCAUCUAAUACGUAAGAACUGAGCCAAUGUUGAAAAGAACUAAACAGAACAGCAGACAUCCUCAACAUGAAAUAGUGCUGAAGUGGGAAACUCAACAGUGUAUCAAUUGGUGUCUUUGCACAAGCUUGGGAUGAACAAGAUGAACAUAUCCACCUUCAAUCGAACGCUUAAUGAGGAAAAAGGCUGUUUUAUUGGAGCCGGGGAGUCAUGAAAGAAACUCAAGAAGACAACUUAGAUAAUGAAAAGAAGAUAAAAAGAAAACAAAAAGAAUGUGGCAUAUAAAGGGUAUAAUACCUGGAGGUAUUAGAUCUGACUCAUAUUUAUAAAAAUGAGACGAGCUUUCACAAAAUACAAGUUAUCUUAGACAGUCAUCAAGCUUGGAGCCAUGCUGUUGAACUAGAAAUUCUCCUUUUCCCCAUUCUCCUUUCUGACAGGUAACAAAGGAUUGGUGAAUUAUGAUUUUCCCAAGUUGGAAGCACUAAUUUUUAUCUAUAUAGUUCAUCCUUAUGAAUAUAUAAGGAGUUAAACAUUGCAUAUUUAAUGUGGAUUAUAAUGGGAAACUGACUCAUUAACAAAAAUGGCCACUUUUAAGGACUUGGUUUCAAACUGAGCUGGAGCCUCCCAAUGCACUUUGUACAAUUUGGGGAAAGGUGUACUGAAUGGCCUUCUUUGGGAGGCCAUGAUGACAUGUAGUAAAAGGAUAUCAUCUUACUGUUGAUAUCUUUGAAGACUCAUAAACAGAAACAGAAAAAUGAAUGGUGGAAAGGAGUGUGACGGAGGGGACACGGAUGGAGGGCCACCAGCAGUGCAAGUUCCCGUUGGUUGGCAGCGACGGGUGGACCAAAGUGGAGUGCUUUAUAUCAGUCCCAGUGGGUCUUUGUUAUCCUGCUUGGAGCAGGUGAAGACUUACUUGCUGACUGAUGGAACAUGCAAGUGUGGCCUAGAAUGUCCUCUUGUUCUUCCCAAGGUCUUUAAUUUUGAUCCUGGAGCUGCUGUGAAGCAGAGAACUGCUGAAGAUGUUAAAGCGGACGAAGAUGUCACCAAACUAUGCAUACAUAAAAGGAAAAUCAUUGCUGUGGCUACACUUCAUAAAAGCAUGGAAGCACCACAUCCUUCACUAGUUCUAACUAGUCCUGGUGGUGGAACAAGUGCAACUCCAGUAGUUCCUACUCGAGCGGCAACUCCAAGAUCAAUGAGGAAUAAAUCACAUGAAGGAAUUACAAAUUCUGUGAUGCCAGAAUGUAAGACUCCUUUCAAGUUGAUGAUAGGGGCAUCUAAUGCCAUGGGUAGGCUUUAUGUGCAAGAAAUGGCUGGAAGCCAACAACAAGAACUUCAUUCUGUCUAUCCUAGGCAGAGAUUGGGUAGUAAUGAACUUGGACAGAAGUCUCCGUAUCGUGGCAGUCAUGGUGGGAUGCCCAGUCCAGCUUCAUCAGGAUCACAGAUAUAUGGAGAUGGCUCAAUCUCUCCUAGGACUGACCCACUUGGAAGCCCUGAUGUUUUCACAAGGAGCAAUCCCAAUUUUCAUGGAGCACCCAACUCUAGUCCUAUUCACAUGAACAGGACACCUCUGUCUCCACCAUCGGUAAUGCUACAUGGUUCUCCCAUACAGUCAUCCUGUGCAAUGGCUGGAAGGACUAAUAUACCUCUUUCCCCAACCUUGACCACGAAAAGCCCGGUAAUGAAAAAACCCAUGUGUAAUUUUUCAGCUGGUAUGGAAAUACCACGAGCAAUGUUUCACCAUAAACCCCCCCAAGGUCCACCCCCACCUCCUCCACCGCCUUCUUGUGCUCUUCAGAAAAAGCCAUUAACAUCAGAGAAGGAUCCACUUGGCAUACUUGACCCUAUUCCCAGCAAACCAGUGAAUCAGAAUCCUGUCAUCAUUAACCCAACUACUUUCCAUUCAAACGUCCACUCUCAGGUACCCGUGAUGAAUGUAAGCAUGCCUCCUGCUGUCGUCCCUCUGCCAAGUAACCUUCCCUUGCCAACUGUAAAACCCGGUCACAUGAAUCACGGAAGUCACGUUCAAAGAGUUCAGCAUUCUGCUUCAACUUCCCUCUCUCCUUCACCAGUGACAUCCCCAGUUCACAUGAUGGGAUCCGGGAUGGGAAGGAUCGAGGCUUCUCCCCAAAGAUCGCGUUCUUCUUCCACGUCGUCGGAUCAUGGAAAUUUCCUGCUGCCUCCAGUAGGACCACAGUCCUCCUGUAGUGGUAUUAAAGUUCCUCCCAGGUCCCCAAGGUCAACAAUAGGGUCACCGAGACCAUCUAUGCCAUCUAGCCCUUCCACCAAGCAUGAUGGACUUAAUCAAUACAAGGACAUCCCUAACCCAUUAAUUGCUGGAAUGAGUAAUGUGUUAAAUCCUCCAAACAAUGCAGUGUUUUCUACUGCAUCGGCUGGAAGUGGUUCCUUGAAGAGUCAGCCAGGUUUGCUGGGAAUGCCUUUAAAUCAGAUCUUGAACCAGCACAACGCUGCCUCUUUUCCAGCAAGUAGUUUACUCUCAGCAGCAGCCAAAGCACAGCUAGCAAAUCAAAACAAACUUGCUGGUAACAACAAUAACAGCAGUAGCAAUUCUGGACCUGUUGCCAGCGGUGGCAACAACGAAGGACAUAGCACUUUAAAUACCAUGUUCCCUCCUGCUGCCAACGUGCUCCUCCCAACGACUGAAGGGCAAAGUGGCCGAGCAGCACUGAGAGAUAAAUUGAUGUCUCAGCAAAAAGACCCCCUGAGAAAAAGAAAGCAGCCGACCACCACGGUGUUGAGUUUACUGAGACAGUCUCAGUUGGACAGUUCUGGAGUUUCCAAAGCUGGAUCUGACUUGAUAAGAAAGCAAAGUCAAAGCUCCUUUCCCAUCAGUUCUAUGUCCCAGCUACUUCAGUCCAUGAGUUGUCAAAGCUCUCACAUGAGCAGCAAUAGUACCACCAGUUGUGGGAGCUCAAAUACUGCUUUACCUUGCUCUGGUAACCAGAUGCAUUUUGCAGACACCGGUAUGAACUCUGGCAGUCUCCAGAACUCGCUGGCACAGAGUUUACCCUUGCGAGGGGAAGGUGUGCACUGCCAGAACACAAACACUAACUUUGUCCACGGCACUAGCCCGGGCACAACCAACCACCUUGCAGGUUUAAUAAAUCAGAUGCAGGCUAGUGGGAACUGUGGGAUGCUCAGUCAGUCAGGAAUGGCUUUAGGAAAUUCGUUACAUCCGAACCCACCUCAGUCAAGAAUCCAGGCAUCCUCCACUCCAGUGAUACCAAACAGCAUUGUUAGCAGCUGUAAUCAAACAAGUCCUGAAGCAGGGGGUUCAGGACCAUCAUCAUCAAUAGCCAUAGCUGGCACCAGCCAACCUGCCAUCACAAAGACAACAUCUGUGCUUCAAGAUGGUGUUAUCGUCACUACUGCAGCUGGAAACCCACUUCAGAGCCAGCUGCCCAUUGGGAGCGAUUUCCCUUUUGCUGGCCACGAACACUCGCUUCAUUUUCCGCAGAACAGCUCUUCAAACAACAAUCUUCCACAUUCUUUGAAUCAAAACCUCCUCAAUUCUCUGCCUAUCUCUUUGCCAGUGAAUCAGCAACAUCUCCUAAACCAGAAUCUAUUAAAUAUACUACAGCCUUCAGCAGGAGAAGGCAAGUCUGAGGUCAACCUCAACCCUUUAGGUUUUCUCAACCCGAAUGUAAAUGCUGCUUUAGCUUUUCUCUCCAGUGACGUGGAUGGGCAGGUAUUACAGCCUGUUCAUUUUCAGCUUCUAGCAACCCUCCUUCAGAACCAAGCCCAAGCAGCUGCCAUGCUUCCCCUACCAUCUUUCAAUCUGACCAUCUCAGAUUUGUUGCAACAGCAAAAUAACCCUUUACCCUCAGUAACACAGAUGACAGCCCCACCUGACCAUUUGCCAAACAAUCAGUCAGAAAGCAACAGGGUGGAGACCCUUUUAACCAACCCCCUGGGCAACCCCUUGCCAAGCUUUGCAGGCACUGACACUACUUCUAACCCCCUGCUCCUCCCAGCUGUCUCUGGGGCCUCUGCAUUAAUGGCCUUGAAUCCCCAGCUGGUGGGAGGUGUCCUGAACUCUGCAUCGGGCAACACCGCUAAUCAUCCAGAGGUUUCCAUAGCCACCUCCUCCCAAGCAACCACUACCACAACCACUACAUCAUCAGCAGUGGCAGCACUGUCUGUCUCAACCCUGGGUGGUGGGACAGCAGUGGUGUCAAUGGCAGAAACAUUGCUCAACAUAUCUAAUAAUGCUGGGAAUACAUCUGGUCCAGCUAAACUCAACAAUAACUCUGUGGUGCCACAGCUACUUAACCCUCUACUGGGGACGGGUCUGCUUGGUGACAUGUCAUCUAUAAACACUACUUUGAAUAACCAUCAGCUGAGUCAUCUGCAGUCGCUCUUAAACAACAAUCAGAUGUUUCCUUCAAAUCAGCAGCAGCAGCACCUUCUCCAGGGCUAUCAGAACAUGCAGGGAUUUCAAGGCCAGCCCCCAAUUCCUGGCCCAGCUAACAACCCAAACCCCAUGGCAUGUCUGUUCCAAAAUUUCCAGGUGAGGAUGCAGGAGGAUGCUGCUGUCCUGAACAAAAGAAUGAUCACUCAAAUGGGAAUGGCACCGGUUCCUGAGAGCUCCAACGCUAUGCUUCCUCCUUUCCAAGAAACAUCUUGUGAUUUGCAGCAAAGAACUGAAGCAUCUCUUGGACAACAGGCAAAGGAUAACCUCAACGUCGCUGCUCAGGGUGAUACGUCGGUGGACGCGAUCUACAAAGCGGUUGUAGAUGCUGCAAGCAAAGGAAUGCAAGUAGUGAUCACCACUGCCGUUAGCAGUACAACGCAAAUGAGUCCCAUUCCAGCUUUGAGUGCCAUGAGUGCCUUCACAGCCUCAAUUGGUGACCCAUUAAAUCUUUCUAGUGCUGUCAGUGCGGUAAUCCAUGGAAGAAACCUUGCCGUUUCUGAUCACGAAGGUAGGAUAAGGAACAGCAGAGGAACACGAGUGCUGAAGAAUUCAGAGCACGGUAAAAAUUCAAGUGAAGGGGAUGGGUAUGAAUAUUACAAACCAACGAGUUGUAACACACCCAAAAAACAGUGGGAAGGGGAGCAAAGUCCUGUCAGUGAGAUAAACAGAUGGAAAUGUGAUGAGUUUCUAGACCACUCUACCCAUAUCCAUAGUAGUCCUUGUCACGAAAGGCCCAAUAACAUCUCCACACUGCCAUUGUUGCAAGGCGAGCAGCACCAGAUACUGUUAUCACAGCGAAACUGUCAAAGUGAUAAAAUGUUGGAGGAGAAUUUCAGGUAUAACAAUUACAAAAGAACUAUGAUGAGUUUUAAGGAAAGACUGGAGAACACUGUGGAACGAUGUGCACACAUAAACGGAAACAGGCCUCAGCAGAACAGAGGAUUUGGGGAGUUGCUGAACACUUCUAAACAAGACCUGGUUCUGGAAGAGCAAUCUCCAAGUUCCUCAAACAGCUUGGAAAGUUCGUUAGUUAAAGACUAUAUCCACUACAAUGGAGAUUUUAAUGCCAAAAGCAUUAAUGGGUGUGUGCCUAGCCCUUCAGAUGCUAAAAGCAUCAGUAGUGAAGAUGACCUAAGGAACCCAGAUUCCCCUUCUUCCAAUGAGCUGAUACAUUACAGGCCGAGGACGUUUAAUGUUGGCGACUUGGUCUGGGGCCAAAUCAAAGGACUGACUUCAUGGCCUGGAAAACUAGUAAGAGAAGAAGAAGUUCACAAUUCAUGUCAACAAAACGCUGAGGAGGGGAAGGUCUGGGUAAUGUGGUUUGGUGUUCAUACCUUCACUCAGGUGGAGCCAGAGAAGUUGAAGACACUAACAGAAGGUCUAGAAGCUUACAACCGAGCCAGAAAAAGGAACAGAAAAAGUGGAAAGCUAAAUAACCAUUUAGAAGCUGCUAUACACGAGGCCAUGAGUGAACUAGACAAAAUGUCUGGGAAUGUCCACCAAAUCCCCCAGGGAGACAGACAAGUGAAGCCUCCAAAGCCCAAGAGGAGGAAGAUCUCUAGAUAACAUUGAAUGUCUUUGUUACUGGUCCAGUACUUAUCGAAACGAACGUGCACAUGAGUCUAGAUGUAGGUAUUGAUAUAGGGGUGGUUAUAUCAAUAUUUAUAUGAAGACAGACAGAUGCCAUCGCAGGGUGCUACGUGGAUUGGUGGUACAACGUUGUGGAUGCUUAGGAGGGGUAGCAGUUGCUGGGUAAGCCAAUCAGAAAUCGAAGGGUUGCAGUAACAAUGUCAGAUGAUUACUGAGAUUUUUUUUGUUUGUUUGUUUGUUUUUCUAUAAUACUAAAAUUGUGAUUAUAAGAAAUAGUCCAAAUGUUUCUGAGAAAUUUUCAUGGUGUAUAUAGCUAAUACAGAAUUUCAUGGUGAUAUCUGAAAUGUAAAUAUUGUACAAUAUUGUCAUGUACAAGCGUACCUAAUGCACACUUUAUCUUUUAUUGUACAAAAAAUAGUGUACAAAAUCCUUUGGUUUCUAUUGAGUACACAUACAAGAGACUACCAGUGUAAAGUGAUAAAUAAAAAUACAGCCUAAAUGCUUUUAUAUGAUAA